UUUUGUUUCUUUUCUUUUUCUUUCAUUUUUCCCUCACUUUUUUUUUUUUUUUACAAAAACAAAUUAUUUAUUUAAAAAGAUGAAGUUUUCUUUGAUUUUGACUGCUGGAUUGGCCUUGGUGAUGUCCUCUGGUGUGUUUGCUUGUGAUGAUGCCUGUAGAGCAACUGGUCAAAGUGCUGGCAAGUGUAACUACAAGUGUACCAAUGCUUGUGGUAUGGAUCCUACUCAUCAUCGUAAUGAAUUCUUGGCUGGUCUUCAAAACCGAGGCUACAGUUGCAAAUCUACUGGUGCUGCUACCCUUACUUGUAAUUCCAGUGGAAUGGGUGGUUGUUAUGGACACAAGUGGACCUGUGGCAGAAACUGUUAAAAGGAUUCUAUUCAUGAUCUAUUAUAUGUACUAUUAUUAUGUAUUCUUUCUUUUUUUCUCUGUUAUCUGAAUAAAAUUUAUCCUAUUUACAGAAUUUGUGAACUAUUUUUUUUU